ACUCCUACGCAUGGGGGGAAUAAAAAGUGAAGCGUCCUUCGGUGAGUUCAGUUGGGCAGUCAAAUAUAGUGUCCGGAUUAAAGGGGAGGCGAUAUUUAGCUAGCAUUAUCGGUGGUGUUCGUGUGUAGUGCUAAUAACGAUAGCCUCUUUAUACAAGAUAAGACGAAGUGUGUGAAGUAGGACUUUAAAUAGGAAUUAAAGCGCUUUGCGGACUAAACACGACACCGUACGGAUCAACAUGGACUCCUGUGGUCACCUCUGCAAAGGCAUCAUCUGCUUCUUCAACUUCAUCUUUGCCAUGCUGGGCAUCGCCUUUUUGGGUCUGGGCCUGUGGCUGAGAUUCGGCGACAACACCCGAGUCAUGUUUGAAAUAAGCAUGCUCAACUCCAGCACCUUUGUCAUUGGCGUGACUGUACUGAUCGCGCUCGGUGUCGUGAUGCUGAUGGCGGUCAUGUUCGGAUACUACGCUGCCUGCAGUGGGAAAAAAUGUGCUCAUGAAGUGUUCUCCGCUCUCUUGUUCAUGCUGGCGGUGGCUGAAGUCGUCGUGGGAGUGCUUGCUUACACCAGGAGGGGCGAGGUCGGGGCGAGGGUUGCGGAGUUCUACAACAGCCUGUAUACUCUGUUUGUAUCCACUCGGGAUGUGGGUCUGGGCGUCACGCUGGUGUUCAUUCAUAACACGCUCCACUGCUGUGGCGUGACCGGGAUCCCACUCGUGGAGUUAGUUCAAGAGACCUGCCCCGCACCAAGCGGGUUCGGCGAGAUGUUCGCCAUGCAUACUUGUCCCGGGGUCAUCCGUGAUUUCUUCAACGAUAACGCAACAAUGGUGAUGGGCUUCUUCGUCGGGCUUGGAGCUCUUUUGCUGAUUACUCUGCUGUGCAGCGCUAUACUCAAACGAAAGCUGGAGUCCAGCCCAACUCCUCAGUACAUCAUCUUGACCAACUGCUCCCCGUCUCUGGCUAACAACCCACCCCAGCAUGACUUAGUCGCUGGCUCCGACCCUGACCAGGAACCGGUCAUCUUCACUCCUCUCACUGCAGCCAACAUCCCUACGGUCCAGACCUGGUCCACGACCCCGACCCCGUCGUUACAAAUUUAAAGCGGUCAUGGCAUCGUAACACACCGGACAGUAGGAUACACAAGCGUUAAAAUCCCAAAUCUAUCUAACGUUUGCAUUUGAAAAGAAGGGAAAUUUUGCUUUCUUCCGCUGCAAAAAAUGUUUUCCAGUUGCUUUACCGAAGGUUUAAACCAGGGGUGGGCAAAUAUUUUGACUUGUGGGCCGCAUUGAGUUUUUAUUCUAGGGUAUUCUAGGGUGCCAGAACAUAUUUAACACAUGCCACAUAAUAAAUAUUAUAAGCAUAAAAUAGUAUUUGUAUAAUUAUAAUUAAUUUUAUCUGUCAAAGUGUCAUACUAUCAACUGUAUGUCCUCAUGUCCCUUUUUUCAGGAGCACUUUAAACAUCAGACCACAUCAAACUAUGUCAUUUAAUUUAUUUUAUUUUUUUUUUACUAAAUACGACAUCUGACUUGCUAGUCAUGUUGCCAGUUUGUAUGUUAAAAGUUGAAAAGAAACUGGCGGGCCGGAUUCAAACGCUUGGUGGGCCGCAUGUGGCCCCCGGGCCGCAGUUUGCCCACCCCUGGUUUAAACACACAAACAGGACUACUAGUACUACUACUACUACAACAGAUUAAAUUGUAAUUUAGCAACUUUAACAAAAGUGCUGCAAAGUAUGCUGGGAAGUCACAAGCACUCCCAGUACGUUACACUAUAUAGUAUAUUUUUAUAUUGCAUAAUUAGAAUAUUUGACCCUUUUUUCAUUUUAAAAUUCAUCAUUUACUGUAAAUGUUGCCCAAGUUUUAUUAAGCGGACUACUGAAAACGGGGGCUGUCCGGAACCCCCCCCCCCAAACGGACAUUGGGCAAAAUCAUUUUCACGAAAAAAAAAAAAAAAGAAAAUACUAAUUUUUCUAUGAUAUUUCAAAAUUAGCGACUUACUAUAAGCCCAGAUUUGGUCGUGGUCGUCCGCCAUACUUCGCAAACAGGAAGUCAUGCUCGAGGUUGUUGCGCUCACGAUACAAUUGAUCGCAUAUUCAAGCGUCAAAAUUCAUCAUGUACUGUAAAUGUUGCCCAAGUUUUGUUAAGCGGACUACUGAAAACGGGGGCUGUCAGGAACCCCCCCCUAAGGGACAUUGGGCAAAAUCAUUUUCACAAGUAAAAAAAAAAAGAAAAAAAAAAGAAAUGAAAUUUUUUCUAUGAUUUUUCAAAAUGAACGACUUACUACAAGCCCAGAUUUGGUCAUGUCGUCCGCCAUACAUCUCAAACAGGAAGUCAUGCUUGAGGUUGUCGCGCUCACGAUACAAUUGAUUCAGUGGCUAUUUCCGGCCGUUAAAGCUCUAUGGUGACACGUUCAGGAACGACCUGAGAUAGUCCAACACGUUUAACACCGAAGCUCUGCAGGGUCCAAGUGAAGAGAGGGCAAAGCCAUCUAAAAAAGGACACAAACACGCAUACUAUAUAUAUAUAUAUAUAUAUAGACACUAUAUAUAUAUAUAUAUAUAUAUACACACCCGCUUGGCAAAACACACAAUACUCAACACUACAGCACGGAAGGACAAACUAAGGCUUGAGGUGGCAGCUUUCAUCUUCUCAAUCACAACAGGGAACACCAAUCACUGCUCCUAUUCAUCCUUGCUUUAUUUCCCCUUCUACUUCCUGUGUCUGCGUGACAGAUUACGACCCUGGUGGCCACCAUUAUCCUCUUGAAACAGCUCAAGAAAGACCAGACAUCCUACGGCGCCCGAUACUCCACUGUGUACUAGGAGGAUUCUUCAAACAUCAGGAGUGGGGUGGGGGAUUAGGUUUUAACUAAUGAUCAGCUUUCAGAUCAUAUUGAAAAAUGCUAGCAGAAGUUACCCAUGACCUAUUUCAGAUUACACACAUCAGUCGGCCAUUUGUAGUUCUGGCCUUUUCAUAUUUUAUUUUUGUGACUUUAUUCUACAGGACAAUGUGAGAGUGUCCUGGUAAAGGGUCCAAUGUUACAUACACUUUUUCUUAACACGCAUUCCUGCUAAAAGAUCUUGUUGCUGCUAAAAUGCCUUGGAUUUAGUUUUAGUUCUUGUGUCGUACGCCAACAGCUGACUUCAAUAAAAUAUUCCACUCUGGA